AUGGAAUCUAUCUAUCUAUCUAUCUAUCUAUCUAUCUAUCUAUCUAUCUAUCUUUCAUUAUAUUGUUUAUUUUACCUUCUUUUUCAAAUAUCUUUUCUUUCUUUCCACUUUUUAUUCUCUCUCUCUACAUUAAAAAAAUUUUCUUCAUUUUCUAUCUUUUUUUCUUCCUUUCUUUCUUUCUUUUUUCUUUCUUUCUUUCUUUCUUUUUUUUUCAUUUUUCUUUGCUUUUUUUAUUUUUUUUUUCUUUCUUUCUUUUUUCUUUUCUUUUUUUUUUUUUUUUCUUUUUUUUUUUUCUUUCUUUCUUUUUCUUCAAUUUCUUUCUUUUUUUUUCCUUCUUUCUGUCCAUCUCAUCCCUGCUUACAUUUUAAAUUUUUUUUCUUUCUUUCUUUCUUUCUUCUUUCUUUCUUUUUUUCUUUCUUUCUUUUUUCUUUUUCUUUUUUUUAUUCCCUUUAUACAUGCUUUGCAUUUCUUCAUUUUCUUUUUUUUUUUUCUUUUUCUUUCUUUGUUUCUUUGUUUUUUCUUUCUUUUUUUUCUUUUUUAUUUUCUUUACAUGCUUUCAUUUCAGAUUCAUUUUUUUUUCCUUUUUUUUUCUUUCUUUUCUUUCUUUUUUUCUUUCUUUUCUUUCUUCAAUUACGCGUUUUUUCUUUUUUUCCUUCUUUCUGUCCAUUUUCAUCCCUGCUUACAUUUUCUUGUUUCUUUCUUUUCUUUCUUUCUUUUCAUUUUCUUUUUUUCUUUCUUUUUCUUUCCACUUUUUUAUUCCCUCUUAUACAUGCUUGCAUUUCAGUCAUUUUCUUUCUUUCUUUCUUUCUUUGUUUCUUUCUUUGUUUCUUUCUUUCUUUCCACUUUUUAUUCCCUCUCAUACAUGCUUGCAUUUCAGUCAUUUUUUUCCUUCUUUCUUUCUUUCUUUCUUUCUUUCUUUCUUUCUUUCUUCAAUUACGCUGUUUCUUUCUUUCUUUCUUUCUUUCUUUCUUUCUUUCUUUCUUUCUUUCCACUUUUUAUUCCCUCUUAUACAUGCUUGCAUUUCAGUCAUUUUCUUUCUUUCUUUCUUUCUUUCUUUCUUUCUUUCUUUCUUUCUUUCUCCAUAUAAUCAAUUGGCGGGUCAACGGCUUUUCCGAAAUCCUGAUUGUCAUCAUCAUUUGA